UGAAACCGUGAGCACACUCUUGCAGUGUCUGCGCAUGCGCGGAACAUAAAGAGGAAGGGACGCGGAGACGUGUUUACAGCAGAGAGAAGUGUUCAUCAUGGCGGGAUAGAAGCUAGAAACACAGGUAAGCUGCUGGUUCCACUCCAGUGAUGUCUUCUGUCUGGGACCAGUGGUCCCUGCUGGCCGCAAAUGGUAGUACACCUGCUCCUCCCACGAACAACACUACUUGCUUCCAUCCCGGACAGCAGACCGUCAUUCUGGGAAGUAAAUUUGGAGGAGUGCCAGUUGUGCUUCUGCUCAAUUUCAUCGUCUUUCUGGUGUUGCUGAUCAUCUUCUCUAUUAUCAGGAGGAUAUUCUGGGACUACGGGCGUCUGGCAUUGGUCGCAGAUCAGGAAGGGUUUACUGACUCAACACACCAUCAGUAUGGAAGGUCAAUGUCCAUGGAUGACCCGGAGUAUGAAAUGGGAUGCUGCUCAUGGCUGCCUUACAUCCUCAGAAUGGACGAGGAAAAAAUAAAAGCCAGAUGUGGCAUUGAUGCUGUUCACUACCUGUCCUUCCAGCACCAUCUGAUCAUCCUGUUGGUGAUUGUAAAUGUCGCUUCACUCGGGGUCAUACUGCCUGUUAAUCUGUCUGGAGAUCUGCUGAGCGAUGCUGAUCCGGAGAAUUUCGGAAGGACAACUAUUUGGAAUCUUCAAAUCGGAAACAAUCUGUUAUGGCUGCAUACAGUGUUUGCAGUUCUCUACCUGAUCCUGACAGUAUUUAUGCUGCGACGUUACACGUCACAAAUCAAAGACAUGCCCCGAGAGACGACCAGAAACUCUUUGUUUGUGUGUUCAGUACCUAAAAAAGCAACUGAUGAAGCUAUAAAGACCCAUUUUAAAGAGGCGUACCCUUCCUGUAAAUUGUCUGCUGUGACCUUGGGAUAUGACGUCGCUAAGCUCAUGUACCUUGAUAAGGAAAGGCUGCGAGCCGGUAAAAAUCUGCGCUACUAUGAGCGUGUCCUAGACACCACAGGGAAGAGUGAGCUGAUUAACCCUCGUUUGUGUGGUCACCUCUGUUGCUGCGCCAGCUGUAACAAGGUUGAUGCCAUAGAGUACUACAAAAUGAAAGAAAAAGACCUGCUGGAAGAGGUGAGAACGCAGGUAGAAGAGGUGCCAAAACACCCCCUGGGGAUUGCCUUCGUCACCUUGCAGACUGAGUCCAUGGCCAAGCACAUUCUGAAAGACUUCAAUGCACUCAAGUGUGGUGGCACGUCCUGCUGUUGUGGGAGGAAGCUCCAACCUUCAUCUGAAAGUGAAAAUCUCAAAGUGCACAAGUGGACGGUCAGCUUUGCACCCCAUCCCAAAAAUGUGUAUUGGGAAAAUCUCUCAGUGCGGGGUUUUAAGUGGUUUGCACGCUAUGUGAUGCUCAACCUCUGCCUCUUCGUCCUGCUCACCUUCCUCACAACUCCCACCAUCAUUAUCAACACCAUAGACAAGUUCAACGUGACUAAGCCCAUCCAGUAUCUCAAUAGCCCCAUCAUCACUCAGUUCUUCCCCACCCUCCUGCUGUGGUCUUUCUCUGCAUUGCUGCCUACUAUAGUCUACUAUUCUACUCUGGGAGAGGCACACUGGAGCAGGUCCAGUGAGCAGCUGAGCAUGAUGCGGAAGCUGUAUUUCUUCCUGCUCUUCAUGGUGCUUAUCCUCCCCUCGCUUGGACUCACCAGUCUUGCAGUGUUUUUCCGCUGGCUGUUUGAUAAAUCGUUUCUGUCAAAUGCGAAAGUGCGUUUUGAGUGUGUGUUCUUACCUGACCAAGGGGCCUUUUUUGUCAACUAUGUGAUCGCAGCAGCUCUCGUGGGCUCUGGGAUGGAGUUGCUCCGGUUGCCAGGGUUACUGCUUUACACCAUUCGCCUGGCGUCUGCUCACUCAGCUGCUGAAAGGAAAUAUGUCAAACAGAACCAGGCCUAUGAGUUUGAAUAUGGAGCCAUGUAUGGCUGGACCCUGUGUGUGUUCACUGUCAUUAUGGCUUACAGCAUCAUCUGUCCUAUUAUUACACCUUUUGGUCUCCUAUACAUGCUGCUGAAGUGUCUGGUGGACAAACACAACCUGUAUUUUGCCUAUCUGCCGACUCGCGUGGACCACCAGGUCCACCUCGGCGCUGUCAAUCAAGCUCUCUCCGCACCCAUCAUCUGUCUAAUAUGGGUGUACUUCUUUUCUGUCCUCAAAACAGGUUUUGUGACUCCUACGUCUCUGUUCACACUGGUUGUCCUGUGCAUGACCGUCUUCAUAUGCAUCAGCUACACAUGCUUUGGCCAUUUCAAGUACCUGAGUCCGCACAACUAUGAGGUGCAACCGGAGGAUGCAGAAGAAGGAGUGGAAGAAAACAGCAUGGUCUACCUUCCCAGAGUGCUUAAUCCCAAAUCACCUGCCAGCCCCCCAGAUGGGUCUACGCUUCUGCAGUCUUACGGCUCAACAGAGGCCAGCGCGGCCUGCAGUCCAGUGGAAGGAAGCAUGUCAGACGACUGAAUCAGUGUAUUUCAACACUGAGUAUGAACUCUGGAGGCAGGAUCCUCAUGACUCCUGAUUGUAUAUCUGCUUAUUUCACAAUUAUUCCAGUGUUGAAGUCAGAGUUUGAGUUCAGCCUCCAGAUGGUACAAGAGAAGAAGGGGCAAUAGAUUCCAAAGACCAAACAGUAGUCCAACUUUCUUACCUUAACAAUGUACCACAGUUUAAUUUUAUAUUCACGUCAUUAUUUGCACCUGAUCAGCAUAGCACACACGUCCAUAGGACACCCGCUUAGUCUUUUGUUUUAAUUGUAUCGUCAUAAAGCACACUUGCAUUUUUCAGUACGAGGCCUCUCUGAUAAUGACCAAUUCAGCAAGGAAUGUUUCCCCCCAAAACUGCCAGUUCAGACAAGCCAUAUGUUUUAUGAAAAAAUACUGGAAUUGAUUCAUUGCACAUGCCAAAGCUAAUUAUGCAAGCAUUACCAGAAAAAGAUAAUCAAGUCAGCACCUGAUGCCAAAAAGAUGGACAAGCACAGUUUGUCCAUUUUAGUUUUUUUCAUGGCACCUUUUUUGGUAUCUGCCAAGGGAAUAACUUAUUGCCUAAUAUGAACUGUCUUAAACAAAAGAACAAACAUUUGUAUCAGUAUUUCAGGGGGUUUGGAGCCAUGGUUACUGGUUUUAUGGUUACUUUUAUUAAACAGGUCAUGGGUUGUUUUUACAUGUACUAUAAAGUUAUGUAUCUGAAGCUUUAUAACCAGUUAAACUUGUAGCUGUUCAGUCGCUUGUAACAUGUGUUGAAUGUAGACAUGAAUUGUUUGCACAUCGCAUAUGUUUUCUGCCUUAGCUUUGUAUAUGGUGACAAAUUUUAAUAUUAAACAAUCUCAUACAAUUUUAAAAUACAAACAGA